UGGUAUGCCCGAUGUUGAAACUGAAAGGGAAAACGUGACAGACACACAAGAAGAUUCUACAUUUGAGUUUGUAAGGGGCCUUCAAAAUACCAAUACGCGUAGAAAAACUGAAUCUGACUUGAGGUAAUGAUUACCUAACGAAGAACGGUGAACACAGAAACCCGGAGGAAAUUCCGGUUUAUGACCUGGAUAUGCAUUUGGCAAGAUUCUUCAUGAAUGCAAAGAAAGCAAGCGGCGAUGAUUAUGAACCCGACACGUUAAAGUCUAUCCAAGGGAGUGUGAACCGUUAUUUGGCCGAGAAGAAGUUGAACAUAAACAUCAUUACGGAUAAGGAGUUCAAACAUUCUCGCGAUGUACUUUUGUCAAAACGAAAGUUGCUUAGACAGCUGGGAAAGGGAAAUCGUGAAAAACGAGCAGACCCCCUAACGCCAGAGGAAAUCGAUCUUCUUUAUGAAAGGAAUCUUCUUGGAACUGGAGAUCCCAAGUCACUGAUAAAUGUUUUGUAUCUUAACAAUACAAUGCAUUUUGGAAUGAGAAGCAGAGCUGAACAUGUAGGUCUUAGAUGGGGUGAUGUGCAGCAAAAGGUCACCUCGACUGGAGAGGAAUAUUUAGAAUAUAGAGAGAGAUCAACAAAGACAAGAACUGGGGUCACAAGUGAGAGUCGGAGUUUUGCACCAAAGAUGUUUGAAAAUAGAGAAAAUCCCCGAUGCCCUGUGUUAGCGUAUAAGGAGUUUGCAAGGAGAAGACCAGAACAGAUGAACAACCCCGAGUCGCCAUUUUACUUAGGAGUUUCAAGGCACCAUGAAAAAGCUUGGUAUGUCAACCAACCAAUGGGAAAGAAUACGAUUGGCAACAUUGUGAAGGUCAUGUGUGAGGCAGGGGGAAUCCAAGGAAGAAAAGUUAACCACAGUGCAAGAAAGACAGCCAUUAGUUCCCUAGUACAUGCUGGUGUCCCCCCAACCAUAAUUCAGCAGCUGUCUGGCCAUAAGAAUGUUAACUCUAUUAAUAAUUACAGCACUGCCUCCAAUGAACAGCAGAGGCACAUGUCUUCUAUUCUUACAAACUAUUCAUCUAGUUGCUCGGAACCACCAGUCACUGAAUUCGACAGUUCCUCUUCAUCCCUUGAUAAAUGUAGCUCAGCUCUGCCAUCCACCAGUGUGGUGCCUUCAUCAAACACUGAUGAUAUUAUUCAUCAAACACUGACUGAAAUAAGUUCUUAAGAAAAUCAACCCAUAAUGAAAGAGCAUGUCUUUGGCAAUUUUAGGGGGGCCAAUAUUUCUGGCAAUGUUAUAUUUAACUUCUCUUCCAAACAACCAAAAUCCCGUAAGAGAUGUAGAGUCAUCUACAGUGAUUCAGAGUCAGAUUAAGAAAAAGGAACUAGAUCUGUGAUAUCUUGUAAAUAUGUUCAAAUAUUAAAAGUGAAGUUGUGUUAUAGCUAUAAUAACUGUGAUAUUUUCUUUGUUAUUAAAUUUUGUUAUUGUUAAAAAAUAUAAAAGAUUAUUUGUGUUUAAAUUAUCUGUUAAGUUUACCAGUAAUGUGUUAAAUUUUGUCUUUAUACAUGUAUCAUAUUGUUUAAAAUGAGUUUUGAAUCAUUUAUGUUUAUAAGAAAAAGGAACUGGGUCUGUUAUAUCUUGUAAAUAUAUAUAUGUUCAAAUAUUAAAAGUGAAGUUGUUUUAUAGCUAUAAAUGUGAUAUUUUCUUUGUUAUUAAAUUUUGUUAUUGUUAAACAAUAUGAAAGUUUAUGUGUUCAAAUUAUCUAUUAAGUUGUUGUU